GUAAAUCUUGUCCUAAUGCAGCCGAAGACCGUGCGGCUUUACUAUAAGAAGAUGUCCCAAGUGAACCAGGAGUUUGUGCAACGUAUUAAAGCACUCCGUGAUAUCGAUACCCAGGAAGCUCCAGAUGAUUUCUUAAACGUUAUAAAUCGGUGGACCCUCGAGUCAGUCUCUGUGGUGGCUCUGGACAAGCAGUUGGGACUGCUCAAAGAGUCGGGCGAUAACGACCAGGCUGUGUUACUUUUCAAGUACCUGGACGAUUUUUUUGAAUUAACAGCCGAUCUGGAGAUGAAGCCCUCCAUCUGGCGUUACGUUAAAACACCCAAGCUAAUGAAGCUAAUGAAGUCCCUAGAUGGCGUUCAAGAAAUAACUUCAGCGUAUGUAGACGAAGCUAUAGAGCGUCUAGAGAAAGAGGCCAAGGAGGGUGUUGUCCGCCCUGAGAGCGAGCAGAGUGUACUGGAAAAGCUGCUCAAGAUCGACAAAAAGGUGGCGACGGUUAUGGCCAUGGACAUGCUAAUGGCCGGAGUGGAUACCACCUCAAGUACCUUUACAGCGGCCUUGCUGUGCCUUUCCAAGAAUCCGGAGAAGCAGGCCGUACUCCGAGAAGAGGUGAUGAAGGUUCUACCCGAGAAGGACUCCGAAUUCACUGAGGCAUCGAUGAAGAACGUUCCCUAUCUACGUGCCUGCAUCAAAGAGUCACAACGGAUCUAUCCUUUGGUCAUCGGCAAUGGCCGAUUUCUCAAUCGGGACAGCGUUUUGAGCGGAUACCAAGUGCCAGCUGGUACCUGUGUGUCGAUGGUUCCCCUGAGCUUGCUAUCAAGCGAGGAGCACUUCCCCAAGGCUGCUGAGUUCCUGCCAGAACGUUGGAUUCGUAACGCCACAGACUCCAACGGGCAAUGCCCGGCAAAUGACUUGAAGCUGAAGAAUCCGUUUGUGUUCUUGCCCUUCGGAUUUGGACCCCGGAUGUGCGUUGGAAAGCGCAUCGUGGACAUGGAGCUCGAGCUGGGCAUCGCUCGACUCAUUCGGAACUUUAGCAUCGAGUUCAAUCAUCCCACGGAGAACGCUUUCCGCUCCACCCUGAUCAAUUUGCCCAACAGUAAACACAUUUCUCAUCCUAAAUUAUCUUUACAACUGGAAAACCUAUAUUGCUAA